GACUGAAACAUGAAAAACGUCAAAUUUCCAAUUUGUUUGCAAACAUUUCUCAAAAAAAAACAAGAAAAAUCAUAGAAAAAUCAGUGAAAAUUGUGUUUUUCCUGCUUAAAUCUCCUCAAUAGGAGUUCCAUCAGCGAUUAGCAGUGCAGGACAUUGAUUUACUUCAUUGAAAAAGGCUCAAAAGAGAGUGAAAGAAAGAUGCAUCGAAGGGGCGGGAAGCGCAUCCGGAUGAUGGAAGCUAGUUUCCAAGAGCAGAUGAAUGAGAGUGAAUCCGAUCAUGGUGGGGACAGUGAGUCGUCUCCGGGAAAGGGAGGGAGGAUGACGAGAUUACGUGCCAGGGGUGGCGUCCGGGAUAAACCACCGAUAAUUGAUGAUGAUAUUGACGAUCUGCUGGAGCCUGUGCUCAAGCGGAGGAAGCAGUACACAGUGAAGCAGCCACGGAAGGCUCCAGCAGAGCCGCGGGAGCGUGUUGAGCGGGAGCCACGCGUUGAGAGGGCGGCCACAGCAGCGGAGAAGGAGACACGAGAUGUGACGACGGAUGAGACGAGCCUGUACUACAUUGUGAGGCACAGCAAGGCAGCCAUUGCCACCAUUGUGGACGAUUGGAUUUCCAGCUACAAGACAGUCCGGGAGACCGCCCUGAUCUCCCUCAUGCAGUUCUUCAUCAAUGCCAGUGGGUGCAAAGGGAAGAUUGAUCACAAAUUGCCGGCAAUUGAGCACACAGCCACCAUCCGGAAGAUGACGGAGGAAUUCGACGAGGAGAGCGGGGAGUAUCCAUUGAUUAUGCCAGGGCAGCAAUGGAAGAAAUUCAAGCAGAACUUUUGCGAUUUUGUUCAGACUCUCGUGAAGCAGUGUCAGUACUCCAUUAUCUACGAUCAAUUCCUCAUGGACAAUGUAAUCAGCCUCCUCACGGGGCUCAGUGAUUCCCAAGUGCGUGCCUUCCGGCAUACUGCAACACUGGCAGCAAUGAAGCUGAUGACAGCCCUCGUGGAUGUUGCUUUGCUUGUUUCCGUGAAUUUUGACAACAGCGCUCGGCAGUACGAAGCGGAGCGCCUCAAGACACGCGACAAACGUGCUUCGGAUCGGCUUGAGUCCCUCAUGACGAAGCGAACGGAACUGGAGGAGAAUAUGGAUGAAAUCAAGAACAUGCUCACGUACAUGUUCAAAUCCGUCUUCGUGCAUCGCUACCGGGACACGCUGCCGGACAUCCGGGCCAUCUGUAUGACCGAAAUCGGGGUGUGGAUGCAGAAAUUCAGUCAGAACUUCCUCGAUGAUUCCUACCUCAAGUACAUCGGGUGGACGCUUCACGAUAAAAUAGGCGACGUCCGGCUACGCUGCCUUCAAGCUCUCCUCCCCCUCUACGCGUCCGAAGAGUUCAAAGGGAAACUCGAGCUGUUCACGUCCAAAUUCAAAGAUCGCAUCGUGGCAAUGACGCUGGACAAGGAAUUCGAGGUGGCCGUCCAUGCGGUUCGGCUCGUAAUCAGCAUCCUCAAAAUCCAUCCGGACAUCCUCACGGAUAAAGACUGUGAGAUUGUCUAUGAGCUCGUUUAUUCCUCCAAUCGUGGUGUGGCUCAAGCUGCGGCGGAAUUUCUCAAUGUGCGCCUCUUCCGUCUCGACGAGGAGGCCCUCAGUACCGUCGUGAAGACCAAGAGGGGAAAGAUUCGGCUGCCCAACACUCCCCUCAUCCGGGAUCUCGUGCAGUUCUUCAUUGAAUCCGAGCUUCACGAGCACGGAGCAUAUCUGGUGGAUUCCUUUGCGGACAACAAUCCCAUGGUGAAGGAUUGGGAAUGUAUGACGGAUCUCCUGUUGGAGGAUCCGGGUCUGGGGGAGGAGCCACUGGAUAAUAAGCAGGAAUCCACAUUGAUUGAGAUUAUGGUCUCAUCGGUGCGUCAAUGCGCUACGGGAGAGCCCCCAAUUGGCCGUGGGAGUAGCCGGAAGAUGAAUUUGUCGGCGAAGGAGCACAAAGUGGUGCAGGAUGACAAGCAGAAGCUCACGGAGCACUUCAUCCAGACCCUCCCGACGCUCCUGCAUCGCUAUUCAGCUGAUGCGGAGAAACUGACGAAUCUUCUGGCCAUUCCGCAGUACUUUGAUUUGGAUAUUUAUACAACAGCCCGACAGGAGGGAGCCCUGCAGGCGCUUCUGGACAAAAUGGCGCACAUCAUGUCCAUUCACACGGAUCGUGAUGUGCUGGAGACGUGCGCAAAGACACUGGAAUACCUCUGCACGGAAGGAAGUGCAAUCUACACGAAAUGCGACGUUUCCAGGUCAACGAUAAUCGAUCAGUGCGUCAAUCGCUACAAGGAGGCCAUUGACGAUUGGAGGACACUCAUUGCGGGCGAGGAGGUUCCGGAUGAAGAUGAGAUUUUCAACGUUGUGAGCAGCCUGAAGAAGGUUUCAAUUCUCUUCUCGUGCCACAAUCUCAAUCAAUGGGGGCUUUUUGACAGCCUCUACCGGGAUAUUCAUGAGCUGCAAACGGGCGAAGUGGGUGAGGCUGUGUUGCCCAAUGAGGCUCUCAUCUACUGCAUCGAGGGAUGCUUCUUCUCCAUCAACUGGGCCCUUCAUAGUUUGGAGAAUUUCUGCGAUUCGGGAAUGCUUCAGGCACAGCUGGAUGAGAUGCGGGUGAAUCUCCAUAAAUAUCUCGAUUCCUGCCGCGAACUCAUUCGCCGGGGGAGUAGUGAGGACAUUCAGGAGGCUGCCUAUGUGUCCAUUUGUGAUCUCCUGAUCAUCUUCUCGGAUCAACUAGCAGUCAAUGGGGCUCCCCAUCUGCGGGCACUGCAGUACGAAGCAUCAACUGACAUGCAGGGGGUUCUCAAUGAUUUUGUGCAGCAGCACGUGUUUGCCCUGCAGCAGGAUGAAGGGCAGGAUGAGAGGCGUAUUGAGGAGUUGCACAAGAAGCGGAAUUUCCUCGCGGGCUACUGCAAGCUCAUUAUCUACAACAUAAUUCCCACUAAAGCCGCCGCGGAUAUCUUCAAGCACUACCUAAGGUGCUACAAUGAGUACGGGGACAUCAUAAAGUCCACACUGGGUAAGGCGCGUGAGAUAAAUAAGGUAAAUUGCGCCAUGACGAUGUGCUUGAGUCUCGUGACGAUGUUCAAGGAGAUUCAGGCAAAAUACAACACAAUUCGCAUCUCAAAGGGCGUCCCGGAAUUUUCGGAUCUUCGUGAGUUGGCAAAACGCUUCACGCUGUCAUUUGGGUUGGACGCCGUGAGGAAUCGCGAGGCGAUAACAGCUCUACAUCGUGCGGGGAUUCUCUUUGCCGUCACACAACCACCGGAUGUGGCAGAGGACCCCCAUUCGCCGCCACCGUGUCUCCUCUUCCUGGAGAUAAUCAUGGAAUUCACGAAUAAGCUGAUAAAGCAGGACAAGAGGCUGGUGCUGAAUUUCCUCGAGAGGCGAAUGACGUCCGAUAUGCCGCUCAAUCGUGGCGAAGAUUGGCAGCCGCUCAUUAACUAUCGCAACGCUCUCCUUCAUGGGGAAUCAGAUCAACCCGUUGUGGCACCCAAGAGGGCCUACACGCGUCGCCGCAAGGAUCAGGAACACGCAGAAGAUGCUGAAGAUGAAAAUGAAGAGGCAGCAGAUUCGGAACCAGAGUACAGACGCUGAAAAACUUUAAAGGAAAAAAAAACAUCCCAAAUAUUUCUCCCAGAAUUUCAAUGUGAAUUAAAAUUUCAAUGUAAUUUUCAUCUCUAACAAAUAUUUUCUUCAUGAAUUUGGAAAAUAAAUAAGCUUGAAGAGAA